AUCUAGUGAGACCCUCCAGAAAGUCACCCAUACAUCUCAACUUCUUCCCCCCCCCGCUCCAGAAUCUUGAGUCUUUUUUCUCACACUCAUACACACACACACAACACAACCUCAUCCUUCUUCCAUAGGAUGUAGGCAUGCUGACCCCAACCCCAACAAACUUUCCUUGGACCUGUUGGAACACCCCUUCUCUAUAAUAGAGAGAAUCUAGUCUUCUGGACCUUUUGGCCUUCUCUGGAUGCAACCAAAGAACUCAAGUUGGGUCUUCAAGUGCAUCAUGUCCAGGUUUCCCUCGCUGUUGCUGCUGGUCCUGCUUCUUUCGCUUCUGUUCCUUGAAGGCUCCAGACAAAUGGGAGCCAAGAAUAUGAAAGACCCUAUGUGUCCAUCCCGGAAGAAGAAUUUGGCAGCAUUAACAGGACAUAUAUGCCAAAGAAGUUGUGAGCGUCGCAUCUGCUCCCAAAGUAGGACCUGUGUGUGUGAUGGGGACUGUGGACUGAGCUGCAUCCCUCCAGGCUUGAGUUGUCCCUGGCCAGUGAUGAUAGACAAUGCUGAGGCACAGCUGGCCCAGGAAUCCAAUAUGUUUGGGGACUUUAUGAAAGUGAUAUGCCACUCUGGAUUUAGAAUGGCAGAUGGACAGGACGUAGCAAUGAGUCACUGCCAAGGAGAUGGAAAGUGGAGCUUCACAGCACCUUGUGAAGACAUUCUUAAUCUUUCAACAAUUUGCAAACCUCCUCCAGAGAUUGAAAAUGGAUUCCAUGAAGAUGGCCCCUACAAAUUAGGAAGAGAGGUGCGUUACAGAUGUAACUAUGGGUAUCGCCUAGAAGGGGCCAGCUCCCUCUUAUGCCAAGAGAAUGAGGAAUGGUCACACACAGCUCCAACCUGCCAUCCUGUGAACUGUUCCCAACCUCCCAAUAUUGCUCAAGCAACUCUAGUUGCUGUGCGCAAGCCUGAACAUCCAGUGGGAACCGUGAUCUAUUACUUGUGCCACAAGGACUUCUACUUAGAUGGCUCUGAGAGAGUUGUCUGCUUGGAGAAUGGAAGCUGGUCCCAACUACCCUAUUGCAGAGCCCGCUGUCCUAUCUCAGCCCAGCGAAGUCGGGUGAUCUAUAAUGGACGCAAGCUCUGGAUCAAUGAGAUCCCAAAUGGUCUGGUCCAUCAUGGAGAAACUGUCAAGUUUUUCUGCCGCAGCCAGAACAAGACAUGUAGUUUGGAGGCUGAGAGCCGAUGUUUUGAUGGUGUGUUGAAAACGCCUGACUGCUAUGAUGAGCCCACGUAUCUGCAAUACCACCUAUUCCCUAAGAGAGUUGUGUCCGAAAUACCUCCUUGUUGAGCACCCUACAAGCCGUCCAUUCUUUUACUGAAAUGCUUCCAUCUUCCUUGUUCAAGCUUGACUAGCAUCCUUGAGAUGCAGAAAAGAAAAGUGGGGAAAAGAACAGAAACCAACCACAUUUAAAAGCAGAAAUCAGACUUGGGGAUUCAGAUACUAGAGACAACACUCUGAUAAACACAGCUAGAUAUUUUAUUUAUUUUCUUCCUAUAUGGCUCCAUGGGUGAGCACAGCAUUUCCCCCCAAUACCCCUUAAUCUUACUUACUUUAUACAGGUUUUACGGCUGGAUCAACCUGUCAGCAUCAAAAUAAUAAUUCUGCCUGAGGCUUUUUGAAAAUGUGAAGGCAGCUUCAUUCAGAGUUCACAAUGUGUAAAAAUACUUAGUAAUUUUAUUCCGGUGCAUGUCAUGUACUGAGUGACUUCACAGAUGUUAACUGCAAGACUCAAAAAAUAGAAGAACUAUAGAUUUGCACUAUUACUUUUUGAGCUCAAAGUGCUGCACUGCGAAGAGGCAAGGAGAAUGGCCCAUUUGAGCUACCUUCGGAGAGUGCAGAGGAGACAAAGUAAAUUUGAACCAUGGACUUCAUCCCUUGCUGUUGAUUAGGAAUUGGUGUCAUGUCAGUUUCCACUUAGAAAAUUAUUCCUCCUGAGCCAAAGGGGUUGCAUCUUAAAAAAAGGAAAAGAAGAGCUGUCUAAAGCUACAGUCUUUUGCAUGUUUAUUGGGAGUAAACAAUUCUAUUCAA